GAAAGUAUAUAAACAGUGGUGCUUAAUUUUUGAAGAUAAAUUUUGUAAUAUAGUUUAACCUUUUGUGAAAUAAUAAAUUUAUUGAUCUAGUUCUAAUUUUUCAGGCCCAAAAUGGCUCCGAGAUUAACAUACCGUAGGCGACACACGUACAGGACGAAGAGCAACAAAGUUAGAAUUGUACGCACUCCGGGAGGUCGCCUCACAUACCAGCAUGUGAAGAAGCGUGCCAAGGCCCCUCACUGUGCUCAGUGCAAGCGAGUUCUGCCUGGCAUCAAGCCUGCCCGCCCCUGUGAGCUGCACCGCAUGAGCAAGCGACUCAAGACUGUCAACAGAGCCUAUGGUGGACAGUACUGUCAUGCUUGCGUCAAAGACCGCAUUCUGCGAGCUUUCCUGAUUGAAGAACAGCGCAUCGUUGCUCGUGUCAUGAAGAUCCAAAAAAUGGCGUCCAAGGGGGCAAAGCCUGAGGAGGAAUAAAUAUUUAUUCCACU